UCAGCAACUCCCUGAAAUAAAAAAAAACAUUGAAUGAGAAACAAGUUGGAAUUGAACUGAACUAGACUGACCGGGAAACACCAGGCACAACGAGUAAAGAACUCGUCCAUCUUUUCCAUUUCCCCAAAUUUCCGAUUUUCCUUCCACUUUCCGGCACCACCCGCGCGGUUACAAUUCCGUCGCGAUAACCGCCCCUGUCAAAGCCAACUGAGUCGCAUCGGUUAAUUCACAACACAUGCGUUGUUGCAUACAAGGGAGUAUCAAAACCUAAUUAACUCAUUCAUGGAGAAUCUUUUUGAUGAUAUUGCUCCUACUCCUACUACACGUGCUAGACCAGGUGCCAGGUUUGCGCCUAAGGCUAAACCGAAACAACCGCCUCGAAAGAAUGUGUCUGCAUCAAAAGAUGAGAACAAUGUGCAUGCUGCUUCAUCAACCACUCGCAAUGAAUCUGAAGGAAUUUCACCGAUUGAAUCUCAUAAUGCAGUUACUGUAGCUUUCUCAAUUGAAGAACCUAUCAAGUCUGGUCUCAGUAAUGAAAAUGAAUUGAAUAAUGUGGCUGCCCUAUCUACUAUCUCCUCAACCAUAGUUAGGAUGGAAGAACUGCCUAAAAAUGGGGAAGGUUCAUUUCUUGAUACGGACAAAAGUUUGCAAGUUAUUGAUAAUUCACUGGAAGUUAGCUUAAACGCGGGCUUCAAAAGUGCUUCAGGCGACAGUAACACCGCAAUACCUGAGAGUAACAUUCAUUCAAAUUUUGAGUUUGGAAAUGUGGGAGAGGUAUUGUCUGCCGAAAUUGAGUUGGAUCCUUUCAGCAAUGUCCUCCCUGAUCCUGGCACUGGGAAUGCUCGUAAGUUUCAACCCAAGGUUAAGCCACGACCUAGAGUCAACAACACACCACCUAUUGCUUCUGCUUCAUCUGAUGGAAAGAGUGGGCCGGAAUCACAGGAAGAUGCAGACUUGAAUCCUGACUGCCAAAUGAAUAAUGUCUAUGAUUAUCAAUCCAUGAAAUCCGGCACUGAUGCACCAUUUGGAAUUCCAAGGCAUGAAGAAUUGACAAACUCUGUAGGUAGUCCCACAUUGGCUUACUUUUUGCAGCAAGGCGGUACUGGAGAGAAAGAAGAUGCUAAUGAGACAAUAAAAUCUUCAAAGAAGCAUAAAAAAUCUUCUACUACUGGCGUGGAGAAUAAAGGUGCUAAAACCUCAAGGCAGACAAGAAAACAAGCAGCUCGUAAACCUGCUAAAAGCUCAUUGAAUAAGGCUAUUGAGGAUGAUGAUGUCCUCAACCCUCCUUAUGAUUUUGCUGGAGAUGAACUUGUAGAAAACAAUGAUGAGGACGAACUGGUUUGUUCACCCCAAAAGAAAAAAGCAUCAACAAAUUCGAAGAAGAAAUCUGUGGCUAAAAAUGGAAAACCAUCAAGAAAACGCAAGAAGGCUACUGAUGAUAUUGAAAACGUAACUGAAGAACCUCCUAAAAAGUUCCCGCAUUCAUCUCGGCGAAGAAAAAGAUGUGUGGACAAGGCUCUGCUGGAUGAUGAAUUUCUUGAUCAGCGAACAUUACCUAUUAGGGAUAUUAUUUUACUUGCUGAGUAUAAGGAGCGAUUGGCGAAAAAGGAGGCAGCGACUUCUAAAACAUCUUCCACCAAUCAAAGUGAUGGGGAUUUUCUUCACGAGGCUGAUGUUAAUAAUGAAGAAGAGUUUUUUGGUUCAGAUGAUGAAUAUAGAGACCCUGAUGAUGAUCAUCAGGUAAGUGAAAAGUUUACAUCAACUGCCCCCUUAUUGAAUUACCAGUCUUUCAUGGAGAAGGCACCUAGGGGAAAAUGGUCAAAGCAAGAUACUGAAAUGUUUUAUGAGGCUGUUAGGCAGUUUGGCACAGAUUUUUCUAUGAUACAACAACUUUUCCCUGAUAAAACGCGUCAUCAAGUUAAGUUGAAGUACAAGAAGGAAGAGCGGCAGCAUCCUUUACUGUUAUCUGAUGCUGUGAAUAAUCGUUCAAAAGAUCUUUCUUUUUUUAAAUUGGUGGUUGAGAGGCAGAAACAAAAUUCUAAUAAGGAAGAACAAGAUACCGCUGGAGAUGCCUCAGAUUUAAUGCUGGGGGAGGAGGCUGAGGACCUGACACUCGGAACUAAUGAAGAGGUUGCAACAACUAAGCAGGAGGAGGAACAGGAACAGGAUCACAUAGACAUUAGAGAUCAAGAGGAUUCUAUGGCAUAUCCAAUUGCAGAGCAAUCUGAUGAUAGUGAAGAUGACUUACAAAAAUGGUCUCAGUAUCAAAGUGCUAUUUAGAGUUAAAGAAUCAUAACAAACAAUUUUGAUCUCAUUUUUUAAAUUGAAGUUUAAGUGAUAUUUUAGUUUCUUUGUCAACUUCUAAAUUUUGUCCAGGAUAUUUAUUAUGUCUCUUUUAUAAGAUGAAUGUAUAAUAUUGAUUUAUGAGUUUGAUCAAAUUUUGUGGUUUAAACAAUUGUAUGGUGGGUAUAGCAGGAUUCAUAUCCGUUCUAUUUGCAGAAAUAAAUUUGUAAAAUCUACUUAUGACCA